AUGAAGCGAACUCGAAUCUCCCUUCACGAGCUUACUGCUCUUCAAGUCGACAUCGACGGCAAGCGUGUUCAACCGCCUGGCCGUCAAGGCAAGAGCGCCGCAUCAAGGAGAGACAUUAUGGGCAAUGUCAUCAAUCCUCGUCCAUACAAACGUAGACACCACCUGAAAUCUGUCGAGCAUUCACAUUCUCGUGACGAAAUAGACGGGGACGUGGCUGCUUCUAGUUUGACGGAGUCAAUUCGUGCUGCGUCUCCAUCAGCUGGUUUAAGAUCUGAUGGAGAUGGAAAACAAGAAUCAAAGAAGCGCAAGAGAGACGAAUACUUCCCAGGUGUUCUCCCAUACCUUCACCCUCCCAAACGACAUCGCUCAGGGACACCUGAUAACUCUAGUGAGGAUGAAAUGCCGUCAUCGAUGAAGGAUCUGUUGAAGACGAUUCAUCAUUACGCGGGCGCAUAUUACGACGAGAGAGGAAUGUUGACCGCCAGUCAGAGCCUGCACGCAAAGGAACAGAGAGAGAGGCGAGACCAGUCUACGAUGGCCGACGAGCGAGCGGAUUCGGUCGGCAGUAAAGAAUCUGCGGAGGAUAUAGGAAUGCAGCAGGAAAAACCCAGCCAAUCCCAGAUUAGAGACAUGUACCGCGCCUUUGAUGGAUCAGCUCUACUCUUUAUUGGCAUGCUGGUCCAUGAACACGUUGUAUCUCGCAUGAAUCGUCCCGAUCCCCCUCUGGAUGAGUGGGAAAAGCGUGUGCAAGCAGACAAAGAACGCGUGCGACGGUUGCGAAAACCCCGUAGGAAAGUCAAGCAAGAGGAGGAGGAGGAGGAUGCAGACGCGGACGAGGUCGACAAUGAAGGCGGCAGCUCUGAUGAAGAAAAGCUUGAAAACGUAGAGAGUGACAAAGACGAUAUGGGGGGUUGA